CCGCUUGAAGACCGCAGAGCACGUUUCUUCUCGCUUCACUCAUUUUCUUCAAUUCCAUUUUUAUUCUCUAGAGAGAGGAAAAAAAACCUUUUGGCUUCAGGAGCGAGAGAGAGACACACACACACACACUCAAUAUCUCAUCCACCAUGCUUGCUUAACACCUUCUUCAACCUCCGAUUCAACUCGCUUACCCUUCAGAUUCGAUCGAAAAUGGAGACUCCACCCGCGGAAGAGCUGCUGAAGAAGAUACUCGAGCUAGAGGAAAGCCAAGAGCAUCUGAAGCAGGAGAUGUCGAGGCUCAAGGUAUCCACUGAGGUCAGGCAGCGAUCGCAUUCCGUCUCGCCUCAUCGUCCUGCGAGGAGAAACAUCGGGGACGGAGCUCAGUUGCGGAGGAAGAGCGGCGCCGCCUCGUUUCGUAACGCUUCGCCGCUGCGGAAGGAGAGCCGUUUCCAAGGUUCGAUGAAUCUGAGAGGUGGAGGAGCAUCGGCCGGGGAGUUUACGGAUAAGCAGUAUUUGAAUAUUUUGCAGUCCAUGGCACAGACUGUUCAUGCUUACGAUCUCAAUAUGCGAAUUAUUUUUUGGAACGCUAUGGCGGAAAAGCUUUACGGGUACUCUGCUGCAGAAGCACUUGGUGAGAACCCAAUUGAUAUUCUUGCAGAUAACCGAGACGCUGCUUGUGCAAUGAAUAUUGCUCGGCGUUGUGUCCGUGGAGAGAGCUGGACCGGCGAGUUUCCUGUCAAGACCAAAUCAGGGGAGAGAUUCUCAGCUGUCACCACGUGCUCCCCCUUCUAUGAUGAUGCUGGUACUCUUAUAGGGGUCAUUUGUAUCACAAGUAAAACGGAACAUUACAUGAACCCGAGAAUCUCUUUGGCUAAGUUAAAGGGGCAAGAAGGUGAAACGAGCUCUCAUCCUGCAAGGAAUAGUUUUUCCUCUAAACUUGGUUUGGACUCUGAACAGCCUAUACAAGCUGCUAUAUCAUCAAAGAUAUCAAACUUGGCCUCCAAGGUCAGGUCGAAAAUGCGAGCAGGUGAUGAUAGUAGUGCCACACCCUCUGAGGGUGGCAGUGGUGAUAGUCAUCAUUCAGAUCAUGGUGUCUACGGUGCUACUCUCUCUGACCACAGAGACGAUGCUGCAGCGUCAAGUGGUUCCACCACACCAAGAGGUGAUUUUAUCCCGGCGCCUUUUGGUGUAUUCACAUGUAACCAUGAAAAGUUACCUUCGAAACCCUUCAAAGAUGCCAGUGACGAGUGUGAUGAAAAGCCUUUAAUCCAUAAGGUUCUCACCUCAAAAGCUGAAGAGUGGAUGGUAAAGAAAGGGUUUUCAUUGCCAUGGAAAGGGAAUGAGCAGGAAGAUUCAAAAGGAAGGCCAACUCAUUCUGUAUGGCCUUGGGUACAAAGUGACCAAGAGAAAGAUAAGUCUGGUUUGAAGUCUGAAAGCCUUGCCUUUGAGAGUAAGAAGCCUACGAAUAGUGAGGGCAGUAGUUUGUGGUCUUCCUCUGUAAAUGCGAACAACACAAGCAGCGCUAGUAGCAACGGAAGUACCAGCAAUAGUGUAAUGAACAAGGUUGAUUCUGAUAGUGAGGGCCUGGAAUAUGAAAUUUUAUGGGAUGAUUUGACAAUUGGAGAACAAAUCGGACAAGGUUCAUGUGGAACUGUCUAUCACGGUCUCUGGUUUGGAUGUGAUGUAGCUGUAAAGGUCUUCUCCAAGCAAGAAUAUUCAAAAGAGAUUAUCCAGUCUUUUAGACAAGAGGUAUCGUUGAUGAGAAGACUUAGACAUCCUAAUGUACUGCUCUUUAUGGGAGCUGUCACCUCACCUCCACGCCUCUGUAUAGUGUCGGAGUUCCUUCCACGUGGAAGUCUCUUCCGUCUACUGCAAAGGAACACGUCAAAACUGGAUUGGAGGCGGCGUAUCAAUAUGGCAAUGGACAUUGCUCGCGGUAUGAAUUAUCUUCACAGUUGUAGUCCACCCAUCAUCCAUCGUGAUCUGAAGUCGUCAAAUCUACUGGUAGACAAGAACUGGACCGUUAAAGUAGCUGACUUUGGUCUUUCGCGUAUCAAACAUGAAACAUACUUAACCUCCAAGUCCGGGAAGGGAACGCCUCAAUGGAUGGCACCAGAAGUACUUCGAAAUGAGUCUGCUGAUGAGAAGUCUGAUAUUUACAGCUUUGGAGUAGUACUCUGGGAACUUGCCACAGAGAAGAUCCCUUGGGAAAGUCUCAACUCUAUGCAGGUGAUCGGAGCUGUGGGGUUCAUGAACCAGAGGCUUGAAAUUCCAAAGGACAUUGAUCCCUUAUGGAUCGCAUUAAUGGAGAGCUGUUGGCACAGCGAUACGAAGCUGAGACCUACAUUCCGAGAAGUGAUGGAGAAGCUAAGAGAGCUGCAAAAGAAGUAUUCAAUACAGUUCCAAGCUAAACGUGCUGCCUUACUUGACAACUCGCCCCUUAAUGACAACUAAACACAAAGUGUACUCUUUUGUUCCUCAAGGUGAAGCUUUAAGACUAAAAGCUGUUCGUGAAAACAAAGGAAGAGAGAAUUGGUCUGUUUUCGAGCAGUAACAUAAUGGUUGGUUGUAAUUACAACGUGGAGGAGACUCAUGAGCAGAGGCAGCCACUGGAAUUCUUGGACUGGUCUAAAGUGCAGUUAGUGAUGUGUUUCUGGUCAUUGCACAAAUUGCCAAAAGAAACAUAAAGGCUCAGUUUGGGUAGUGCAAUUGUGAUGAUUGGUGGAGGCUUAAAGGAAGUACGUGAAAGGGAUUUGAUGUGAAAGUUGAUUGCAAAGACGUCACAAUUAGUUGGGUAGGUGUACAAGAGAGUACUUACUGCAUAUAUAAUAUGUUUAUUUGCACAUUCACUUAUCACUAUUACAUAUCUAUGUGAUCAAUUGGUAGAACCAUUUGAUGGUUUAUACAUAGAGGACAAAGGGAUAGUUAUGAGAGAAUAUGCUACAUAAUUGGGGAUUUUUGUAUAAUCAUAUAUGUAAUUAUCCUAUUCUCUA